GAAGAAGAUGUAAACAUCAUAUCGUGGAGAAAACGACAACCGAAGAACAAGACCUUCGUCUAGAAUAGUCUUCAUUUUUAUCCUUUGAGCUGUCUGAACUCUCCAGGCCUAGCACUACUCCUCCGUGACGUGUACAUACUGUAGCUGUAGCCUUGUUUAGUAGCUGUGAGUUUUAAGAGUUGGUAAAAAGCAAAAUGAGCCACGUUGAUGUGAAAAACCUGAAACCUACUACCUUCGAGGAUCGCUAUUACGACGAAUAUGAAUAUUAUAACCUCACAGACCGCUACACAGAGUGCACUAGCCGCAAAGGGAAGACGAAGAAGGAGGCGAACUGCAACACGAACCGCCACAACCCCGCGGGACAUGAACGCAAGAUCGUCGAGAAGCUUCAGAACUCUGAGAAGAAGGGCAAGGUGUGAAAACCAACAGAAUGAUUCGGACGGCUCGAUCUGGUAACCGACCUUGGGCGCCUUGGCAACUGAUUUCAAAGGGCAGGAAAUAGUUGGACUUCCAAAAGUCCACUCCAGUUGUGAUAAGAUGACUGCUGGCAUGGGAGACCGGUGAAACGGCAUGCGGUGGCCAGCGUUUAGUUUGGGAUUCACAAGGUUUCAACAGGCACGUGUGGCCUGCUAUGCCAUGUGCGGCCACACACCUGUUCUGAUGACCGAGUAAACCCCGGAGAAGCAGACGUGCACGUUCUGUGGUGGUGGUCGACAGUGCUUUUUAUGACCUGUCUGUGUUUUUAAAAACAUCUGUAACUCAAAGAAAAUAAAGGUGUUUUUUUUUUUUU